AUGGAGAAAGAUUGGCUGUUGUCAGCCCUACUAACAGACGAUUUAGUGGAGAAAAUACGCGAGAGAACCAGCCAGUCGUCCUCAAUUAACGUGCCGUCUAACACCCUCGAGGACGAGUUGCUGAGCAUCUCUUCCGGGUCUCGCUUCAAUGACGACUUCAAUUUCCGGCAGCUUGAAGUAGAGGUGCCGAGGUAAUCAAAUAUCAAAUUUCGAGCUUAAGAAUGUCGUUUUUGCAGAGAGCAGUUUAGACUUGUGUCUAAGCCACUUCCGUGCUCGAACGGCGUCCGUCGUUUGGCUCUUUUCGCCAAUCAAUUCCGAUUAACUUGCUCCGAAGUGUCCGUUCAUCAGUACAAUGUUCAAUUUGAGCCGGAUAUUCCGUCGAAAAAAUUGAAUCGCAAGAUUAUGAACAUUCUACAAGAGCAAGUUGAUUUUGGUGCUCCGCUGGCUUUUGACGGAUGGCACACAAUUUAUUCGAUAAAGAAAAUCGACGUGGAUAAGGUGAAUCGGAUGAAUAUCAACGUGGCCGGAAUGGUGAAUACGAAGGAGUCUCCGAAUGAGUUCAGCGUCUUCCUCACCUACAUGGACAAAUUUCAGCUGGACACAAGAGUGUUAGCUUCAAUUAAAACUCACAUUCCACAUCUCAUUUAAUUUCAGUCGUUCGCAACAGGAAGACGAUGCUCCGAAGAGGAGGAUGAUGCACGCGAUCGAUACGAUUCUCCGUCAGACGUCUUCUAAUCGCUUCCACGCCGUGCUCCAGUCCUUCUUCUCAAUUACUCCACACAAUCUUCAAGGCCACGGUCUCGGCUGGGGAACUGUCAAUCUAGGAUUGGGACGAGAAGUUUGCUACGGAUUUUAUCAGAAUAUCGUCGAAACGUUCGAUGUUCUGACGAUGAAUCUCGACGUGGCAACGACAACAUUCUACCGUCCGAUCUCCGUCGUCGAAUUCCUUGCCGAAGUGCUCGGAGUUCCGCUCGCAACCGUCAUUGACGGACGGCCUUUGAGUGACGUUCAGAAGAAAAGGUUCUCGAAGGAGAUUGCUGGAUUGAAGGUAGAGACGAGAUAUCGCGGCACUCCGAGACGCUUCCGAGUCGCCAGAUGCACGUGGAAACCGAUGGAGAGCAUACAUCUGAGUCUUCCGAGCAGAGGCCAGGGUAUGAAUGCACUCACUCUCAUUGACUACUACAGAAUCCGUUAUGACGUCGACCUACAGUACCGUCACUUGCCGUGUCUCGAAGUGGGACGGACUCACGAUUGUGUGCUUCCGCUCGAACUUUGCUUCAUUGUCAGUGGUCAACGGUGCAUAAAGAAGCUGAACGAGCAGCAGAUCGCCAAUCUGAUCAAGGCGACAAGUCGAAAUGCGUCGGAACGGAAGGAGGCGGUCAUGAAGCUCCGAAAUCGGAUCGAUUUAGAUGAGGAUCCGUACGGAACCCAGUUCGGACUCUCUGUUAAUGCCGAGAUGAUGAAGAUCGAGGGCAGAGUCCUCUUGCCGCCCAAACUGGUCUAUUCUUCUCCAAUGACGAGGCAACAGGACUGCGUGACGACUCCGAACAACGGAACAUGGGACAUGAGGGGAAAGAACUUCUACUCGGGCAUUCAGAUUUCUGUGAGUCUUCCAGUUGUGAGUAAAAUCCCAUUCCAACGAACGUUUUCAGAAGUGGGCACUCGUCUCCUUCGCUUCUUCCUCUAUCGUUUCGCCGAACAACAUCAGAACGUUUACGGCGAGUCUUCAGAAAGUCGCCAAUGAGAUAGGAAUGCCUUUCUUGAUAAAUCACUGUUUCUGCAGGUACUUAACCCAACCAAUGUUUCAGUUAAACUCCAAUUCAGGUACUCCGAAGCGGAUCAAGCCAGCCGAAUCUUGGAUUACUUGCACGAGGAGCAUCCGGACCUCCAGCUCAUAAUCUGUGUCGUUCCGGGCAAGUCGGCCAUCUACGGAGACGUCAAACGGAAGGGCGACUCGCUCGGACUGACCACCCAGUGCGUCCGUUCCCACAACGUCAUAAAGGUGUCGCCGCACACGCUUUCCAAUCUGUGCAUGAAGAUCAACUCGAAGCUGGGCGGAGUGAACGUCGUCAUCUCCGCACGGCCGCAGUCGAUCACCCACGAGCCAGUCCUCUUCAUCGGAUGCCUCCUCUCCCGCAAUUCGUCCGGCUCCGUCUCCGACUCGGUCUCCUCUCUCGCCCACAUAGAUUCCUCCAUCUCUUGUCUCGUCGGCUCCAUGGACGGACAUCCGACUCGUUUCUAUCCGAUCUUCCGUACCCAACCGCGCAAUUCGAACGUUAUCGUGGAUAUGGCGGACAUGGUUCGAGAGGCGAUCGUCAAUUUCCGCGGCGCAACUGGAUUCAAACCGCACAAAAUUGUCGUUUAUCGAUCCGGAAUCACCGACGAAACGGUCGAGGAGAUUCUGCAGACGGAGCUUAGGGGAGUCCGUGAAGCGUGUUCUGCCAUCGAGCAGAACUAUCAGCCGGGAAUCACGUUCAUCGGAUUGGAUGUCACCCAUCAUACUCGACUUUUCGCCGCUGAUGACAUUGUGAGUGAAAAUGAAUCCCUGAAAAACUUAAUAAUCGCGAACUGGUCAUUCUGAAUUCCAGGACAAAGUGGGCAGCAGCCAGAAUGUGCCGGCUGGAACCAUCGUGGAGACUGGCAUCACCGUCAACAACCUCUUCGAAUUCUAUCUGGUCUCGCAUGCCGGUAUCCAGGGAACGUCCCGUCCGACAAAGUACGUCGUCAUGUGGGACGACAAUCAGAUGCCGCCGGAAGACGUGCACGAUAUGACUUAUCAGGUGAGCUCGCGCCAAAAAGAACAUGGCAAAUAAUUUGGGAUUGCAGCUCUGUCACACGCAGUCCCGGUGCACUCGAAGCGUCUCCAUCCCGUCUCCGGUCUACUACGCCAAGUUGGUGGCCCAACGCGCCAAAAUACUGAUGGCUCAAGAGAAUUUCAGUCUGGAGAACUUCCGAGUGAGUUUGGAGGAAAAGAGCCACCUAUACUUUCUAUUUCAGGAAAUUUCUCGUCGCUUCGAAGGAAUGCUCUUCACUUGA